UGAUUGUACAGCGGCAUGCUUAACACAUGUUUCUAAAAACCAUUAUCAGUAUAUGACAAUGAGCGAUAGUAAUUAUAACUAAAUUUAAAAAUGAGUUCGAAUCCUUGCAAUGUUUGUGGUUGUACAGACUUAAAUCUCGUGGAUGGUUAUUAUUACUGCGUGGAGUGUGGAACGCAAGAUAUUAAUGUUAGAGAAACGGUUGUGGAUCACAAAGUCUUCGCUGAUGGAACCUUCGCUCACACCUCAACUAAGAAGUUGACUACUACUGUCUUGCAAGAUGCAAAUGAGAUGAGCGGUGAAUGGAACAAAUGGCACGCAUUUAAUUUUAUACUAGCCAGUUUGACGGAUGAGUUGAUAAACCUCGGAGCUAAACCGAGUGUAAGGACAGGUGUGCUGUGGAUUUGGACAAAAUACAUCAAAAUGUUUCAAAUUAAGGAUCAUGAUAAUGCUAAUAGUCAAUUUAUCGAUGAAUCUUCAAAUGAAAGCAGAAACAAAAAUGACGAUGACAAUACUGAUGAUAGUGACAAUGAAAACAAUAAACCAACCUCUAAGAAGUCACGAAAGAACAAAACUAAUAAAGCAGACAAAUUCAAACGUGACAUUAAAAUCGUGACCAAAGGGACUUUGCUAACUAUAUUAUAUUUAGCGCUUAACUUAGACAAAAGUGAGAUACAACUGUCUCAUUUGAUGAGGUUUAUAAAAGAGGGUAGAUUGAGUUUGUAUAACUGUACAAAGUUUGUACCAAAAGAGAUUAACACGAAAUCGAUUCCGCAUUGGAAGAAUUUUGUUCGCUGUCAAAAUGAAUACACGCCUAAGAUUAUCCGUACGUUAGCUAUGACCUUUUUUAAGCGACUAGAUUUAGGUCUCCCUAUAUUACCUGAUCUGAAUAAAAUGAUUUCUAAUUAUGUGAAGGAACUGUGUUUACCAAAUGAAUUUAAAAGUUUAGUCUUUUCGCUAAUGAAUCUCGUACCAUGCGAUUUUUUGGACUUAGAUACGCGGACUAAGAAAUCUCUGCUACGUAUUCCCGAUUACGAGGGUGUGUGCAUGUCUUAUGUUAUUGUAGCUCUAAAGAUGUGCUUCGGUUUAGAUUCUGAAUAUGAAUUAAAAGUAUCAGAUCAAGUUGAUAGGAUUAAUAAUGAAGAAAAUUAUUCGAAAUCAUAUAAACUUGGAUCAUAUUCAGAUCCAACUGACAGGUUGUUCUCAUUCCGAGACUGGUAUAAAUUUAUACUAUUUAGAAAAACAAUAUUAUGUAAAUAUUAUUUACCUAUGGCAAGACUUUACAAGCAGCCAGUUGACGAUUGUAUUUUAAUGGAACAUCUCAAGGAAAGAAAAACUAGAACAAUAAAACUGAGCGAUAACGUUACUAUGGACAUUUUAAAUAAAAUUACAGUUGAAUCGAAUACGUCAGUCAUAUCUAAACAUGAAUUUCCCACCACUUUUACUCCUAUGUCUUCGUAUACAGAUGUUAUAUUGCAAUAUUUACAAGAUCCAGAUUUAAGCCUACUUCUAAGCGAAGAUUUCUCUCAGUAUUCACUCAAAUAUGCCAUAAACGAAUUGAAACUACCUGAUAACUAUGAAAAUACUGAUAAUAUUAUACAAGGAGUAAGUGAAAACAAUAAAUGUAUAAAUCCUAUCAUAGUAGGUACCUUAAAAUCUUCGAAAGGUAACACGACAAUGGUGUUUGUUAGGAAUUUUGAAAAUAAACAUUGGCUUACAACUAAGCCGCCUACAGCAGACCACGUCAUUAAAACAAAUGUAAAUAAAUCUAAUAGUGAUAAAGAGAGUGAUCAUGGAUACGAUUCCAAUACGGAAAGCACGCCAGUUGACAAUGAUGAGACUUUAACAACAGUUGGAGACGAAACCUUAAAAGAAGACUCUGAAAAGAAGGAAGAAAAGGUUUUUGAGAAAAUUGACGAAGAAUACGAAGGAAUAUGUAUAUUUGACGAUGAUUUUGAUCACCUAGAUAACUUUCAAGAAGAUAAGAAAAAGGAUAACAUUACAGAAACUAAUAGUUUGACUGAAUUCCAUAAUGACUAUGGAAAUAACUUUGAAGAUAGUAAACUAAAUUUUAAUGGAGAUUCUAUAAACACGGAAGAAGUGUUCAAUCCAGCAACAUUUGACAGAGAAUCAACCAUAAAGAAAUUAUUAGAAAUGGCUUGCACGAAAUAUAAAAUUCAAAUGCCUAAAGAGAGAGAAUCACGUGGCUCAUUUAAAAGAAAAAAUAAUGAAGGAAAUGGAGUAGGCCCAAGUGAAAACAAAAGAAAGAAAGGCAACGUAGAAUCAACGAAAAAUGAAACCCAAACUACUAUCACAGAUAUUUUAAAAUCGUAUUAUACCAGCUUAGAAAAUGAUGUGUUGCACAAAGUAUCUGAAGAAAUAAAAAUGGUAAUAAACAAUCAAAAAAAUCAAGAAAUUGUGAAUGAUAAUAUUGAAAAUAAUGACAUAGAAAUGUCCAAUUUAGAUAAUGGUUAUAGAAAUCAUGAAGAUUUCAAUAAUGAAGAUGUAAUUAAUGAUAAAAGUGCAUCAAUGAUUAGUAGCAUUCGUCCAAAUUUAACAACCAACAGUACCAACUCUGAUGCAAGUGAAGAUGACACAGAAGAUUUAGUAACACAAAGCAAUCCAAAAUUUAAUUCAACAACACAUGAUAUUGAACAACUUUAUGUGAAAUUGGGUGAUGGUACAGAUUUUAGUUACAGUGUUAACUAUGAGGCCGAUCCAGAACUGGACGAAAUAAUUGAAAAAUCGAUAGAAAAUUUCGCAAAUAAGAAGGUAAAAGAAAAUACUGAAUCGAUAGAUGCAAAUAGUGAUUACGAUUCUGAAGACGAUAUUCCACUUAUAGAAAUAGCAAACGAAAAAGUGUCAUUGCGAGAAAAAAUGAAUAGAUCGAAGAUAAAGUAUAAUUUUUUGGUCAGUAAUCGACAUAUACAGAAAUUUAAUUAUUGGAUGAGGCAUUACAGGUGUCAAGCGGUGACACGCAAUCUUGAUAUGCACGAAAAGUUUGAUAUUGAAAUAACAGAAAACUGUCCAAAGAGCUUUGUUUUUGUUAUACGGGAAUGCGCUGCUAUAUUAGAUUGUUCCACGUUUACGCUUUAUAAGUGUAUGCAGAACUUAGAAGAAACUUUGAUGCGUUUUUGUGAUUGAUC